AUGAGCCCAAAGGUGACGGGCCUUCGGGUAUUGCUCAAGAAACCGAGCAGGAGCGAGCCAGCUGCCGCUCCGAAAGAGGAAACUGAGGUAUUAUACCCGCUGUUUCGUUUCCCAGAGUCUAAUACCUCGAGCGUUUACUCGGAGGAGAGUUUUUCUGCAACACUCUUCUCGAAACUUGUGAUGGACUCAAACUUUGAUCUUGUGGCGAUGGCCUCAACCAUCUCGCGAGCUCGUCUUGAUGCUCUUGUAUUGUUGUCAGAGAGUGAAGGUGACAAGUUCCUCGAGUUCGGGAAGCUAUGUAUCGAUGCCCAUGCCCAGGCCACCAGGGCGAUGAUGGAUGAUGUUGUGGAGCGUAUCAAAGCUGGAGAAGACUUUGACUGGAAGACCGAGAUUGAUGCCUUGAAGGAAGGCCUUCAAAACUAUUGUCAGGCGAUUGUAAAGGAAGCAGAGUCUAGCGCUCUCCAGGAAGGAAACCAUUCUUUCAAGCUCUCCACCAUCUUAACUCACCCCUCUGCCACCUCGAGCAAAGUCUCAAUCAAGACCUUGAUUGGUUCGUCGAAUGGUAGCGCUUCUCCUACUUUUAAAUCUGACCCAAAGACGCCAAUUACACCCUUUUCGGACCCCAACACGCAGUCAUCGUUCACCAUGCCUGAAGGUUCCCCCGAUGAUCACCUGUUGGCAUCUAGUAGACGCCGCCUCCGUCUCUACACUGUCAGUAGUGAGGACUGGAUCGUGGGCCCGAAGUUACCUCCAUCUUCCACCUCCCCUCCGAUCAAACUUCCGGAAAAUUUGACCCCUGUCGAUGAAUCCAUCCAUCUUGGUGUGAUUAUGGGUAUAUUCAGCAAGCUGUAUACCAUGGCCAAGAUCAUGCAGACUAUCCUGAUGAGUUACGGCGUGGAGCUCGAUAGAUCCAGGACCGGGUUGUCAUACUGGAUCGAGUGCAGCGAAGAGUACGUGAGGAGCCAGAAUAUGCGCACACUGGUUGAGAUAGUGGAAAACCUCUUCUAUGCUAUCUACGCGCGGGUUGUGAUCGAGUUGGCCAACAUAGAACUUUGCGGUACCUUUCGAAUCGACCUUCGCUCCCUUCGAACUCAUCGUCCAUUCCUCCUCCCCGAGCCCGAUCACCUCUAUCGUAUUGUUCUCACAUUCAAAGACGUGCUGGACUCACCGUGCAUCUGUGCAAUUCUUCGGAAGGAUAUUCUACAGAAAUUCCAGAACUCGUACAUCACCGAAGCCCUGGAUAAAACGAAAGACGCGGACUAUCCGAUUCAUGACCCUCUCGGUUAUCGCCUUCAUGCUGCAAGCAUUGCCACCAAGCGAAAUGGAUCCUACUACACCAAAUGGCAGGAACUCAUUCCAUUUUUCAACAUCCUCCCAGAGAAGCUUCUGGUAAUGUGGUCUGAGAAGUAUCUCACCGUGGCUCCCGUGAGGGUGAUUCCCGACGACAUCCCCUUCGACCAGCUCCCUUUCAUCGAUCCUUCACAGAUAGGGUACGAUAUUCAUGCAGCUGAAACCAUCAAAGAUCACCGAAUGGCGAGCCUUGCCAAGCUGGAGGGUACGAGCAUUGGAGAAGAGCGCCAGAAGGACCCCAAAUCUCGAAUCUUCUAUCUUGCCAAGCAACGCAAGUGCGUGUGCCAAAGUGUCUGCCGUUGCUCCAAGGAUUGCACCGGCGACGUGCUGCAUAGCUGUCCUUGUGCGGAACGACAUGUGCGCAUUAUGAUAGUCAAGGAUGGUAUUCAUUACAGAAUGCCGGAUACCGACUUUGUUACUACUGCUGGCACCUUGACUCGUAUGUAUUUCCAUGGUUUGGCUUCUCUGAAGCGCGGUGUCACUCAGCGUUUCAUUGCGCAAGAGCUUCAGCGGGCUUUCGAGUCGAUGGCCCAUUUGAUCAGUAUUGAGCGCGACAAGAUCGUCCCCAAGAGGAGCGAUUCCGAGAAGAGUGCCCCGAAGAAGAGCCUUUAUGAGAACAGUCCUCCAAAGAGAUAUUUCUCUGAGAAUAGUAUCCCUAAUAUGGGUCGCUCUGAAUAUAGUACUCCGAACAGAUCUACUUCCCAGAAGAGUUCACUGAAAAUGAGUAUUUCUGAAUACAAUGCCCCGCAGAAAACUCCGCAGCGAACUCCACAGAAAACUCUUGAGAGAAGUACCCCAAAGAAGAGCAUUUCGCAGAACGGUACUCCGAAGAAUAGUCCUUGCAAGACUGGUACCCCCAGAAGCGUUGCCCAGAGAAGACAAUGA